UACUGUCUGUCCGCUCGUGCUGUCAGCUGUAGACAGAGAGGCAGCGAGGACUGCGCUGCUCUCAUGUAGCUUGGCUGGGUUCUGCUCUCCUGAGGAGAUGAUGGAGUUCUCCAGCUGCCGCACCGUUAAAGUCAUCGUGCUCGGAGACUCCGGUGUCGGGAAGACCUGCUUAACCUACCGCUUCUGCUCCGGAAACUUUCCCAGCAAAACAGAGGCGACCAUCGGCGUCGACUUUCGGGAGAGAGUGGUGGACGUUGAAGGAGAGAAGCUGAAGUUGCAGUUAUGGGACACAGCAGGUCAGGAGCGUUUCCGCAAGAGCAUGGUACAGCACUACUACCGCGACGUACACGCCAUCAUCUUUGUCUAUGACGUCACCAACACGGCUACUUUCCGCAACCUGCCUGUGUGGAUGGAAGAGUGUCGGCAGCACUCGCUUGGACACGAUGUACCCAGAGUUCUUGUUGGUAACAAGGUUGACCUGGCCACCUCUUCAGGCUCCUUCAUGACCUUGGAGCAGGCGAGGCAUUUAGCCGACGUCCAUGGAAUGUCCUUCUACCUGUGCUCAGCCAAAGGGGACAGUAAACCACAGGUGGAUGCUAUCUUCAUGAGUCUGGCCCACCGACUGAAGAGGCAGGGAGGGUGGAGAAGGAAAGCCCCGUCAGUGGCUGGAAGUUUUAAGCUGCCCACAAAAGCCAAAGCGGAGAGAGACGCCAAGGAGAAAUGGGCCUGCAGUUGCUGAUGAAGGCCUAAAAAAAGGCAUAAUCUCACACAUGAUUGAUCUCUUUCAUCCAGAGAGAGUGAUGGUUGCGAUCUAUGAAUGACCCCCAUCACUAAUUUAAUGAAGGGAGUCUAAUUCUAGACUGUCAGUCUUUGCAGGAUUUCAGCUGGAGACUUCAAAUGCAGUCGAACCCGUCUCCCACUGGCCUUAUAUAACUAAGAUGGUAUCAGAAAGAUUAUUGUAGGGUAUGUGUGUCAUUAGGGUUAAUAUGAGAGUAACUGGUUUGCCUUUGAAAGAUCUAGCUUUGGAGUUUUAUUACUGAAGGGGAAGACAUUGUGUUUUUUACAGAAGUGUUCCUGACACUUCACACCACAAACACUGUUGUUUAAUAAAGGAGCUGAACUCCUAUACAACCACAUAAAAAGUCCAAAAAUUCCCCCUUACAUUAGUCCAGCUGCUAUUGACAGCGUGUUGAGUAACUUCAUGGACUGAAGUUGGCUUUAUUCUGUUGUACUUCACUAUGUGAAAGUACAGGUCCAUGCAAAAGUCUGAACGCCCCAGGUCAAAUUGCACGUUUUGUUCGUUCAUUUGAAAAUAAGUUAAUGCAUCCUCUACGGGAUGUGGUAUGGGUUUUUCUGCAGACUUUACUGCACAAUUUCUGUUUAUUUGCUGAGUUUAACGUAUUGGAAAUAAAUAAAGUGCUGUAACUUAAGUGCUGUAAUUCAGCAAAUAAGCAGUAAUUGUGCAGUAGUAUGUUCUCUGCAGAGGAUGUGUUAACAUAUUUUUACCAAAACAUAUCAUUCGACCACAAUUCACCCAAACUUUUGCAUACUACUGUAUGUCCCUCAAAUUGUAACUCAGAGCUUCAGCUAAAUGUGUAAAUAGCAUGACACUCAAAAGACUUAAAAUCAAAUUGUUAUAAAGCUAGCUCAGUUCCUUUGUGUAUUUUAAGGACUUGUUGACCUGAGAAUAAAAUAUCUAGACAUUG